CUCUUGAGAACCGACCAUGAUGUUGACUCAAAAACAACGAUGUCCUCUCUCUUUAAACAACUGUUUUCUAGGUACCUAAUUAUAACUAAUACUGUGACCAGUGGAACAUUACUUGGACUAGGUGACGUCAUAACACAAAACCUAGAGAUCGAAUAUGCAUCCAGAACAGGCGUUACGGGGACAUAUUUUGAUAUAUAUCGAACAGGUAGAAUGUUCCUGAUGGGGUUGAUGAUUGGUCCAUUUGGUCACCUGUGGUACACCAAAUUUGCUGACAAGCUGGUUCUUGGAUCCGGACCAAAAGUUGUGCUUAAAAAAAUAGGCGUGGAUCAAAUUAUUUUCACUCCUAUUAUCACCUGUCUAUUUUUCGGUGGAAUGGGUCUACUUGAAGGAAGGGGAAUUACCGGUGCUCUGAAUGAAAUUAAGAGUAACUUUAUAGCAGUAUACUCGGUAGAUUGCUGUGUGUGGCCUCCAGCUCAGUAUAUUAAUUUCCAUUUUAUCCCGGCGAGAUUCAGGAGCGUUUACGUCUCAACCAUGACACUGUGCUGGAAUACCUUUUUAUCUUAUAUGAAACAUAGGAAAACAACAAUUUAGUGAUGGCUGGAAGCAAUAGAAGCAUUUACCCAUGAUUAUAUGGAAUUCGGGCAGAUUUCUUCAUAAGCUUUAAAUUCGUUUCUUAGAACUGCAUUAUUGAAAUUACACUGAAUAUCUCGAUUAUGCUUUGUCUUGGCAUCUUUUCAAUGAGACUACGACAGAAAAUAUCAUUUUGUAAAUCGAUGUACUACAUGAACCAGUUAAUUGACGUUAUUAAAUGCCAGCAACUUCCGCAGUCCUGAAUAGUAUCGCCAGCCAUGGACUAAUGAUCAGUGAUUGUUUUAUAAAGUAUUUAUAGCCAAACCUACAUGUAGUUAUCAUAUCUGUAGUUCUAUCGUUAAUUUGUAGUUAGGUAACGUUGAUAUUUAAAUUAACUACUUUCUGAAAUACUCUUCA